AUGGCUGCCGCUGAGGUCCCUGUCCCUUCUGGGCACUUCACCCAGAUCAAAGAGCAGACGUUGAAACCUGGAGACCUAGAGGAGGAGAAAGAGGAGGACGGGGUACAAAGAGUGGAAGCUCAGGAGGGAGCUGUCGAGGAGGCGGAGGCUGAGAACAGCUGCCUGCUUCUGGAGGCCAGGGCCCCGGUGGAGAGCGAUCGGCCGAUACUGACCCUGCAAACCGUGCACCUGGAGUCCCAGGAUGUGCACCUACAGGGGCUGGGAUGGCUGAGCGUGCCACACUCCGAGGAGCUGCCAGGGAUGGUACCAGAGACGGAAGGCAUACUGCAGUUGCCAUCCGUGCUGUGGCUCGACACAGAGUCCCAGCUCAGCCUUCAGCAUUGCCUGACGGUCAGCAUCCCGGAAGAGCUGUACCCACCAGAGGAACUGGAGCUGAUACAUUUUCACCUGCUGAGAGAGAAUGUGCUAGUGGCCGAGGAGAACCAAGAGUUAACGCCAAACUUGGAUGAAAGCAUGGCCCUGAAGAAGCCCGAAGAUGAUGAAAAGGACCAGCUCCCGCCCCAGGGAGAGACGGACCAGAAAGAAGAGAGAUUCCUCCUUGUGGAGAUGAAACCAGAAGAAGGAAAAGACGAAAUUGUUCUGACCAUUUCCCAUCUAAACCUAGAAGAACAGCAAGAUCCACCAGCGGCGAAGCAGACAAGUGGGCCGAGAGCCCAAGCCGCAAAACCACAGAGGCAGUCCAAGGGGAAACCUCAGACCUUUCAGUGCGACACCUGCCCGUUCACUUCCUCCAAGCUCUCAACUUUCAAUCGUCAUGUCAAAAUUCACAGCAAUGAGCGGCCACACCUGUGCCACCUGUGCCUAAAGGCCUUCCGGACCGCCACACUCCUUAAGAAUCACGUGAAUACCCACACAGGAACCAGGCCCUACAAAUGCGGGGACUGCGACAUGGCGUUUGUCACCAGCGGAGAACUCGUCCGGCACAGGCGUUACAAACACACUCAUGAGAAGCCCUUCAAGUGCUCCCUGUGCAAGUAUGCCAGCGUCGAGGCAAGCAAGAUGAAGCGCCACAUCCGCUCACACACGGGUGAGCGACCCUUCCAGUGCUGCCAGUGUGCUUAUGCCAGCAGGGACUCCCACAAGCUGAAGCGCCACAUGAGGACACACUCAGGUGAGAAGCCAUACGAAUGUCCCACCUGUCACGUCCGGUUCACCCAGAGCGGGACCAUGAAAAUCCAUAUAGCACAGAAGCAUGGAGAGAAUGUGCCCAAAUACGAGUGUCCCCACUGUGCCACCAUCAUUGCGAGGAAGAGCGACCUGCGUGUCCAUCUGCGUAACCUGCACAGCCACAGCCCCGAGGAGAUCAAGUGCCGAUACUGUCCCGCUGGCUUCCAUGAGCGCUAUGCCCUCAUUCAGCACCAGAGGACCCACAAGAAUGAGAAGAAGUUCAAGUGCAAGCAGUGUGAUUACGCGUGCAAGCAGGAGCGAUGCUUGAAGGCGCACAUGCGCAUGCACACAGGAGAGACGCCCUUCUCCUGCCUGGCCUGCAACAAGCGCUUCCAACAGAAGCAGCUACUUACGGCGCACCUGAGGAAGGACCAUGACCCAAGCUUCGUCCCCAACCUGCACCUGUGCCUCAAGUGUGAUAAACGCUUCUCCCGCUGGAGUAACCUGCAGAGACACAGAAAGAAGUGCGACCCGGAGCAUGAGACGUUAGCCCCCAACAAGGACAGGAGGACACAGGCCUCGGAGAGAGGAGCAGGACAUGAGGAAGAUGUUGCCACCCAGGAGAGGACCCCCUCAGGGGAACCUCAGUGCCCCGGGGAGCAAGCUCUGGGCCACCAAGGAGAACUCGCAGUGGGGAGCCAGAGCCCAGACCAUGGCCUCACCUGCGAGAUGAUCUUUAACAUGAUGGAUAAGUGAGCCGCCGCUCUGGGCCGCGGCCUCUGCGGGAAGAAA